AUGGCCUCGCUCGGUGGCUUCGUCGAGUUCUUCCAGAAAGGGAAAGUAAAUUCUGAUCGUACUUUCCGGCCCAAAAGGUUUGAGCCAGGAACUUUAAAAUACUCUCUACAUAAACAAGCGCAGGCAUCCUUAAGCUCUGGAAUUAACCUUAGUGUGGUUAGCCUCCCUCAGGAAGACCUAAAUGACUGGAUUGCUGUUCAUGUGGUAGAUUUCUUCAACCGAAUCAACUUAAUUUAUGGAACAGUCUGUGAGUACUGCACUGAAACUUCAUGCCCCACUAUGUGUGGAGGGCAGAAGUUUGAGUAUUUAUGGGCAGAUGGUGUCAAGUACAAGAAGCCAACUGCUCUACCAGCCACACAGUACAUAUCACUUCUUAUGGACUGGAUUGAGACACAGAUAAAUGAUGAACAUGUUUUUCCUGUCACAGUCGAUGUU